CAAAUUGCCGCAACGAUGAUUCGAGCAUCCACUUGACGAUGGAAACUUCAGGAGAUGCAAGAAAAAAUACAGACAGCAUGCGUGAUUUGAUGGCCAUGCCAGAUGUCAUCAUCCCCAUCCCCAUCCCCUGUUUCUCUCAUGGCUUCGAGGCACAUGGGAUGGAAGCCGGCAUAAAACCGGCCACCAGGUGAUGGUGAACCACGAGACCUUUUCUCCCUAUAUCAAGCCCUGCUCUUCUGUUGCCCUCCCCUAACAUCUUGGACCGCUCUUCCCAGCUUCCAAAUCCGGAAAUCCAAGGCCAUUCUGUCCUACCACCGUCCUUUCAGUCUCCUUUCGACGAAUCAUUUGAGAUCCGAUUUGAAUCUCACGCCCAGCAGCCUUGAUUACUUGUUGAUGCCACAGUAGCCGAGGCUCUCACCGGGCAUCAUUUGUCUCAUCACUAUUACGAACACGAAGAGACGUCCAAUUAGGCAGCUAUUGGGCUUUAGCUGCUCCUUGGUCCCUUGCAUAUCAGUCGACACUGUAUUGGUCGUUUCAAGUUAGGCCCGCAGGCCACCACAAAGUCAGGCGCUCUAUGAGCUGAGGGAAGUGCAAUACCUGUCAAUAAGUAAACGAAGUCCAAGACAGGAAGGAAAGCUCACAGCGAGGACUAAACGAAUUGUUACAUCACACGGCCUGGCAAAAGCGAAAGGUUCGAAGGCCCUUCUUCAAGACGAGAUAUAUUGUCCCUGUUCCAUUCAAAGAGUCCUCAAAGUCGAGAGACCAGCAUAACGUUACGAAAUCCAAGAUUUUAUCUUGUUUACGAGUUACCCCAUCGAGGACCCGAUACUGAAGAGAGAGCCAUCCCUCUUAUUUUGCCGUAUCACUCAUCCUCACCCAUCAGCCCCGGAUCACUCAUCCUUACCGCUGCUGUCAGGGGCAUCAGCCUUACAGUCAUCAACAUCAGCACUCCCGAACCGGCAGGAUUAUCGCCCCGAGUUCCUACAGAGCUAUCAGACACCCGCCGUCACCAGCGCUAUCGUCAUCCUUGUGAGGACACUUCUAAGCUUUCUGGGAGGAAAUAUAGAAACCUCAGGUCCUAUCUUUUCACAGAUUGUUGUUUCCUUUCCCCACUGAAGGAUUUGGGAUUCUUUUUUUUUGGUUCUUUUUCCGAGAGGACACUUUUAGGUCUUUGAACGACAAUUGAAUUUGUCAAGAGCGGUGGAAGUGGUUUUUCCCAUUUUCCGAGGACGUCAACGAGAGGGCAAAGGAAAUGUCGCAGAUCACAGUCUUGGGCUUCUCGCCUUCGCGGUCGGCCGAACAAGGGGUCAAUGCUAUUCACUGGGCCAUCCUGCUCACGCCAGCAACCGAAGCCCAACAGCGUGGUGCCCAGCAGCCGUCUGCACCAAGGCCGAAGGCCAAGUCCUUCUUCUCGACCCCGCGGCUCCUGUCGAAGACCAGCAGUCCUGCGGCUCCGCCGUUUGAAACGGUUCUCUAUGACAUGCACAAUCACCAACUCCGUCAGCAGGUGUACCCCGUCCCCGUGAAGGCCAAGGUGGACUCCGCCGAGCAAUCGGACUCGUCGCCAUCCGACGCGGACGCUGCUGCCGAGACUCCCCAGGUGACGACGACAGACAUCAGCUCGGACAUUCCCAACCAGCCAUUCCGCCUGUCUCUCCGGAUGCUUCUGAGCACGCAUCACCUCCCCGUCACCAAGCUCGCGUCCAAAGUCUCGACGUUGCUCUACCGGACCCCGACCUACGGGCCCGAAGAGGACUGGCUCCUUGCCGCGAUUGAUAUGCUGGUGGGAGCCGGGAUCCUCGAGCCGUCCCCGAACUUCGACGCCGACGCGGUUCUGGCGUUCGCCGGAGAGGCCGUCAAGGAGUACCUCUCGCAGAUCGAGCGAGGGCAGCAGGGGGAGCAGGACGUGCUGGAGCUGGACUACGCCAGCCACGCGAGGAGCAUGGAGCAGGUCAAAGCCAUGUUCGAGCAACACCGCCCGCAAGUGACGACGACAACGACGCCGCCUUACACGCCCUCGCAGACGCCGUCUCCGACUGCGUCGUCGCCCACGAGGAGUGCUGCUGCUGCCGCCCCGGACGCAGAGAGAAGGGGUUCGAGCACGAAAUCCUCCCGCUUCCACCACCACCACUCCGCCAAGCCCAAGUCGUCGUCGUCGUCCUCGACCACCCCGACCGACGUGCUGUCCAAGUCGUACAGGUUUCUGGGCCUGCGCAUCUCGCCGUCGCCGACGUCGUACGCGCCGCGGCACCGGUGGGCAUCAGGAGAAGGUACGAAGCGCGCCUACUUCGAGAGGCAGGAUGAUCCGUACGGCGGGCUGAUGUGAAGGCGUGGUCUGUAUUUUAUGGUCUGUUUUUAGGGAUGAUGAACACGAACACGAACACGAACAAACCCGUCAAGACUGUCAAACGGAAUGGCCGGGCAAAGGGCGCAACUACGGGCGCGGACGCGGACAACAACACUCUCGACAUGAAUGCCACGAGGCCGUGGCACUGGGCUUGGGACAGCGAUUGGGAACGAGCCAGCAUGGCCAGCUGGAGGUGCGUGAAAUAAUUCUUGGAACCUUUUUGAUUGAUGGGUCUCAAUGAUUCAUUGAACCCCCACGAAUUCCAUCCAAUCCAACUCCCCGUGUACAAGUAUAUUCAGGCCCAUCCAUCCAUGCAAAUAGUGUUGUUGUUUUGCCCAUGUGCUUCACAUCCUCCC